GUAAAAAAAUGCACGGAGAGUCGCAUUCAUCGGUGAUGUAACUGUGGUUACGGAUUCGCCCUUAUGUUGUCUGCCACCUGCGUUUCAUAAGAAAAGGGCUUCAAGUAGUGACCACUUCGAAAAUCGGAUGCCCGAAAUCCCCGUACGGAAAUAAUCAACGUGAAGUCUUCGAGGACAACGUGCGACGUCGUAACACCUGACCUCGAGUGUCACCAUGAGUUGACGUGGAUGGAAUCUGAUCUGCGACCACUGCGGUAACAGCAGCAUGACGGAAAGAACGAAGCCAUCCAGCAGGCGUCGCCUAGAAGUCGAACCCGGCUGCGAGGCGUCCAGGAAAACUUCAAAGCUGCCUAGGGGGCGCUCUGGUUCACUGCCAUCAGUGCCACCUGUGGUGGCAAGGAUAAGUUACUGAGAGUCCGAAGUUUUGGAAGUCGGUACAUGACAAGUUCACACCGCCGCAGCCACAAACACAGAUAAAAGGCACACACAAGGGUCCGCGGAACUCCGCUUCAAGGGUAGCCACCGUCGUGCAACAUUGAUUACGCUGAAUGGGGCUGAGCGGAGCAAGCACAGGUAACGGCGGCCGGACAUGACGUCAGAGGCGGCCGCGUACCGCCCGGCACCUUCUAGUGCCUUCAAGCUGAACGCCAUCUGCGAAAAGCUGGCUCGGUCCUCGGAUACCCCCGACCUCCUUGUCUCCAGUUCCGAGGACCCGCCACGGCACGAUGAAGACGAUGACGACGAGGAAGAAGACGCCUUUAACGGGGCCUUAUCUGAGGAUCGCUCAGAGGACGACGAUGCUCCGACCCUCAACGAAGUGCCUUGGGAGCCCGACAGUGCCUUGGACGGACGCUCACGGAACAAGCGCAAGAACUUCCAGCCCAAGAACAUCUCGGCAGUCUACGCCUACUCGGACGACUCCGAGGCUCCCGCUGAACCACAGGACCACCAGGCCAAGGAGGACAGCGCCAAAGUUGAGACACGUGAUACAGAGGACGUCCGUACGACGGACGCUUCUCAGGGUGGCGGCGAGUCUGUCGCCAUGAUGCCUCUGGACCUCAGUGACGGCGGUUCGACGCGUAGAAAGUCUCAGCAACCCGUCAAGCGGUCGUCCGGCGACGCGAACGACGGCUUCUCGCGUUCCAGGAGAACUGAGGGUGAGACGAACUCGUCUUCUGAAAGUGGUGGUGGUGGUGGUGGUGGUGUCGCGUCGCCGCCGCGCUCUGGUAAGCCGCCUUGGCCGUGUCCGGCGGAUGCUAACUUGCUCAAGGACUACGCCGAGCACACCAUGAAGGAAUUACUUGGAAUGUAUGGCCUCAACGACGUCGUGGACUCCAUCACGAAGAAUGUACCCUUGCAUCACUUCUCAUCUGGCAAGAUCCUGGAGAGCAUGGCAUCGCUGGGCAACCAGUUCCAAAUGGAGCCCAACGCUCCUUCCGUCCCCGAGUCUUCUGGGCCCAAUAGCGCCCAUCCGGACUCGAGGACCCGCGAAGGCACGAUGAACGUCGCACCUCAAACAGCUCUCCAGGGGUCCCCCCUCAGCCCGUCUUCGAGCUGUAGCAGCUCAGCUGCUGACACGUCCCGAGGAGCCUUGACGAUGCCUUCACCAGGAUCCAACGGUGACGGGGACAUGUUACGAGGACCUUUAGCCGCCCAACAGCACGAAGCUCUCUCCAAGCUGUUGCCGUUCCAGCAACAGAUGAUCGCCAACCAGCAGGUGAUGCUGCCACAGGACAUGGCGACCACACUGCUGACCUUAGCGACGCUGGGCGGGAAAAUGCCGCCUCCUUCCGUCACGGACGGCGCAAGCAGCGAUAGUUUUCCCGGUGGAACGUUGACAGCAACGUCAACAAGUCAAGCGCUAGUGCCCGCACCGACGCUCAGUCAUGCUAGUCUCAUGAGCACAAACUUGGCGAGCUGCCUCCCGGUGAAGUUGGACGGCCAGAAGUCUGCGCCGAUCGAUUAUUCACGAUACGUGCGAAGAUACUCGAGCGCAAGUCAGUGUGGAAGCAAUUACUGUAAGGACCUCAAUUAUAGGGAUCAUUUUCAUUGCUUGGACUGCAACUCUCGGGUGUUUGUAAAAAAGGAAGAGAUGAUACGACAUUUCAAAUGGCACAAGAAGAGAGAUGAGUCGUUGCAGCAUGGCUUUCUGCGGUACAGUCCAAUGGAUGAUUGCUCCGACAAAUUUCCCAACUGCGCACACAAUCGAAAACAGACCCACUACCACUGCUUGAAGGAUAACUGCGACAAAGUAUACAUCAGCACCUCGGAUGUACAAAUGCAUGCCAAUUACCAUAGAAAGGAUUCUGCUAUAAUUCAAGAAGGUUUCCAAAGGUUUCGAGCAACAGAAGACUGCAACACUCCCUCUUGCCUCUUCUACGGACAACGAACAACACAUUUCCAUUGUCGCCGUCCGGGCUGCAAAACUACUUUCAAGAACAAGGCAGAUAUUGAGAAGCACAAGACUUACCAUAUCAAAGAUGAGCAACUGAACAAGGAUGGAUUCAAAAAGUUCAUGAAGCAUGAGCACUGCUCGUACGAGAACUGCCGCUUUUCUCGGAUCUGCAACCACAUUCAUUGUAUUCGACCUGGAUGCACGUACGUGCUGCACUCAAGCGGCCAGCUGUACUCUCACAAGCGGAAACACGAAAGGCAGGACACGGAAAUGGCAUAUCGAAAGUUUAAGCUUGCCCAAAGCAUGCUGAAGACAUAUUCCUCCAGUGGAGACAUGCCACCUUCUGUUGUGACCGACCAGUUGAGUAUAUGUGACCACAACCUUAGCAACUCGCCACUGCAGAACACAUUCCCAGUAGUUCCCUCAUCAUCGGCGGGACUUCAAGGAACAAGUACCAUCACCACAACAAGCCCAUCCCUCGCAGAAAACAUGAACCAGUCUAAUCCUGCUCUGAACCACGUUCUUGGAAGUCUUCCAGACAAACUGAACUGCAGCAUACAAGGGUCUCCAGGUUCAGACGUGCUGCCAUCUAGCCUCCAUCAAAAGCAGCAGAUGCUCGAUUCUGCAUUCUUGUCGGCAUUCCUUCCCAAUGCUUGUGGAGUGGGUGCUGCAAUUCAUCCUGGCUUGGCCUUUAACUUCACUGGCGCUGGGUACUCUGCUAGAGAAGAGAAUUCAAGAAAUGGACAAACAGAGGCUGGCAAGGAUGCCUCCAGACCUGAGGAGAUGUGGCCGCGAUAUUUAACGCGGUACUCUCCAACAGAUUUGUGUCGUCCAGAAUGCGAGUUCCUCUACAGGGAACACUACCACUGCACAACAGACAACUGUACCAUGGUGUUUGCUGGAAAGGAUGUGUCAGGAGUGCACGAACAUGCUAAGAACCACGAGCACCAAGACCAGAUCACCCAGUGUUUCUAUCAUACAGUCGGAAAAAGCAUUGAAGGAGAAUGUCCACUCGACUGCCCCUUCCAACUCAAGGAGAAGCACUACCACUGCCAAUGGGAUGGUUGCAGAGACAUAGUAAGCAGUUCAGAUAAAGCUUUCCGGCGCUUGGACCACUACAAGAUGCAUGAGUACACCACCAAGCUGAGCAUGUCAAGGGAUCAGUUUAAUGCCAUUUCUGCCAUGAACGUGGAUGGUGUCUUCAGGAGGAAGCGUGGAAGACCACCAAAGAACAGGGUCAUUGAAUUCCCAAUGACACCUAGCUCACCACAGAUUUCCCAGGCAAUCUAUGCAAGCUUCAAGCUGCCAAGACCACCUGUAUCUAGUCAGCAGAAUGUAGCUGGGAUGUACCACCACUACUCGUCCUCAGCAAUGGCAGCAGCUGCAGCAGGCCUUAUGGGGAUGCCAGGUACAUCAUCAAUGCUAAGAAUGCCUCUUGGAGUAGAUUUCAACAUGGAAGCCCACCAAAGAAUGGCCAGUAUGCUACAAGAACAAGAGGGGCAUCAAGACCAACCAGAACAGCCCUUAAAACAGGCACCAGUAGAAGUAGAUGUCAAGUGUGAACCAAAAGAGACCCCAAGUCAUGACCUCCCAACACCAGCACCAGCAUCACAGUUUCCUUUUAACCCAGAGGAGCAAGAGGGCUUCUAUACCUUUCCAGAAGGCAGCACGUGCCCAGACAACUUAUGUGCCUUCCAAAGACAGCGACAUUUUCACUGCAUCCAACCCCGCUGUCACUACGUUACGGAUCGUCAGGACAUCCUUGUCCUCCAUUCCAAGGACUUCCACGACAAUAUUGACAUCAUGGAAGGAUUUGUCUUCUUUGAUCGCAGUGUCGACUGCAGGUUGCCAGGAUGUCACAGCAACAAGAUCAACCGUCAUUUUCACUGCACACGACCAAGCUGUGGCUACUCCUUUGUUCGCUACUCUACCAUGAGUCUCCAUGAACAGAAGCAUAAUCAGCAGUCCUCAUCAUCGCACCCAGAGGAGGAGGAAGAGGGACCCUCUCCGCCUAAGAAGUCCUGUUCCAGCGAUGAAGAUCGUGCAACGAGUCCGACUACGAGUGACACUUCGCAGAAAACUACCGUGGUCAAGUCCGCUGGAAUUUUCUACCCUCUCUCAGCAUUUACGAACAACAAGAAUGGCGGCAGUGAUGGGAGAGAGCAGGAAGACAACGAGGAGAAAGAGCGGUCCCUGCCAAGUCCAACAUCAAGCACUGCUUCUUCAUUGCCAGAGUCUGACCAGCAACCACUCACCAAGCUGCUGCUGAAACCGAUAACCCAGCAGAUGAACAGCGGACAAGAUUCCGAAAAGCAUGUCAUGUUCACCGCCAAUCAGAACUGUAGUAGACCCUUCUGCAAGUUCAAAAAACGCGACCACUUCCACUGCAACACGUGUGAACAGGCUUUCUCCAGUUUCUCCCGGUUAAGAGCACACAUCUCGAAGCACUCUGGUGCACCCAGCCCAGUGGCCGUCUAUCCAGAGGGCAGGACCUCUCCUCCUUCAGGGCACUCUUCUCCGGUCUCUUCGACAGCUCAAGGAGAUUCUGAACCUGAGGCUGAUGAAGAGCCUACCCCCUCACCCACCAGGAAAAAGGAUGAGCUAAGUCAGCUUCCUCCUCUUCAGCAAGUGCUGCCUCAUCAGGAAACGAACCACGACGACAGACUUCCCAUUGAGCACCAACAGCAUCCGAUAUUUGGCACACCUCCAAAGCUAAGCAUGCAGAACCUCCAGCACAUGUUCUGGCCACCAGCCUCAUCGCCAGGCCUCCUCUCUGGAAUGCCACCACUGAACCCGGCACUGCUGGCGCUGGGGGAGAUGCCCGGUCACCCGAACAUCGACCUUCAGCACCUUGCACUGAUGUGUCCUACGGGGGACUUGUUUUAUGGUCCUCCACAAGUAGGCACCAUGGCAGCUACGUCAGAGCAAAAGCGUUCGCUGUUUGGCAAUUGCAAGAAUGAGGAGCAGACUCCGACGGUUAGCGAGCCAAAGCGAAUGAAGGUCCCAAGCCUACGCAUCUUGAAGGACGAGCCUGUGCCAGAGGGAUACAUCCGUUUCCGCUUCAACGAGGACUGCAGUUAUCGUCACUGUGGCUACCGGGAGCAUCAGACGCACUUCCAUUGUACGAGAAAGGACUGUGGUUACAGCUUCUGUGACAAGACACGGUUUGUGCAACAUACUGCUCGCCACGAGCGGCUGGACACGUUAAUGGGAGGUGACUUCCGACAGUUUCGAGCCAACGUGCACUGUGGAAGACCCGAAUGUCCUCACGUGACACAUCAGGGAUCCAACAACAAUGGGCCGUCAUCUGGAAGCAACAAGGCUUCCCACUUUCACUGUCUAAAGUGCGACUUUGUGUGUACGGACACAAACAAAGUAGUGGCACACCGGCGACAGCACGCAAAGCUCGAUAGUAUAAAUGCAGCCGGUUUCGAAAAGUACACACCUUCGCAGAACUGUGGUGUCGACGGUUGCAACUAUAAUGGCAAGCAAACACAUUACCACUGCCUCAAAUGCCAAUACGCUGUUCUAGGACUGUCCCAAAUGUCCUCACACAAGUAUCGUCACAUGGACUGACCACCCCGGUAGGCUGACACGAACCUGCUUCUUCGAACUAUGUUUCUAGUGAGAAACCACAGUGAUUCUGCAAGAUUCCAGACUAGAUAGAGUGACUUCUAGAGUGAGCUCCUUACAUCGAAAAGAAAAAAAUGACACUAACGUGACAAAGUCACGUCUGUUUGUGCCUGACUCUUCUUAGGUUCGAGGCAUGAUUUUGAUCCUGCCUUUCUUAGCAGCUGGUUUAGUUCUUACACUUUUAUAUUUUCAAAUGAGCAUAGUGAUGUAUCGCACAUGAGGAGUUGACAUUAUUCUAGAGCCUGCAGGGUAAGCUCUAAAGUGUGCAUUUUGUAAAACAGCAGCUGCAUUCGAGGGUAGAUUAUUAAAAAUGGGUAAGGAUGUGCAAUGCUCGGGUGAGAUUUUUUAAAUCUCUACACUUGAGAGGUUUGGUGUUAGCAAACUGUAAGGGUUGUUAACUUACAGUAUAAUUUCUUUUGUACUUCUUGUGCUUCUGUGUUGGAAAUGCAUCAUGAUAAGCGAAAGAAACAUCUGUUAUAUAUUAAGCACAGUUGAAUGUUGGUAGGCAAAUGGUACACUGUACUAAAAAAAAAAAAAAGACAUACCGUGUAAAAUGAAAGGCUGGUAUGCAGGGACAGUUAAAGUGUAUAUCUAUCCUGUGGAGUGCUUGGUAAAAUGGAACCAUGCUCAUUGUAUAGCGGCUCUUUUACUGUCACAACUGCAGAAGCAUUGCAAGCACAGCUGAUGCUACAACGUAGAAACUGCAUUUUGUUCUACGGCUGAAAGAACAAACAGGAGGGACGGCACUCUGCACAUCACAAUCCCUAGAUUUAUAUACGUAAUAUAUCAUAUGUAAAAAAAAAAACAAGUGUGGUCACAUAUCACAGCAGUACAGUUUCGAUUACUGUUGUCAUCAGACAAUAACUGUAGUACUCCACCGAACAAUUUUGUUGAACCAGGCAGAGCAAAAGUGUGUGUGUGUGUAGUUCUGCUGAAACGAUUUGCAGAAGAGUAGAACAGGCUUUCGAAGGCCAGGUGUCACAUCCUCAUUAUUUUGUAAAUAUAAUAUUGUGCGUCACGUCACCUUCUGUGUUGGUGGUAAAAAUGGAACAUGAACCGGUGAAUUCUUACCGUGGUGAAGCCUUAGUACUGAAAGGUAGUAUAUCCUGGUGAUGUCUUCCUCUGUCUUGCAGAUGAAACGGUAGGCUAGCCAGAUUUCAACACAAAAGGGCACUUUUCUGGAAAUAUUUGUUGUGCCAUUAUUUUUCUAGCUAGCACUGAGAACAAUGCAAGUGUCUCAAUUUUUUUAGCCUUGUACAUAGAGAGUCUGAUGGAACAUGGGGACACUAUGCAGUUUGUAACCUACACAGGUAGCACAAUAAUUUUUCAUACAUUUCUCAUCGUCCUCCAAAACAAUGUCGUUUCCAGAAACACGUAUACAUACCAAGCUAACACGGUUCUUCUUUGUGUAUGUGUUUCUGUGGAAAAUACUUAAAGCACUUCUUCUUCUUUCUUCUUUUUUUUUUUUGGCAUUGCCUCGUGGAAGGUUGCAAUGGUUUCGAGAUGUGAAUUUAUGCUCUGCAUGGACCUGCAAUGCAGUUACCUGAGGCCACUAAAGGAUUACCGGUAAAAUUAUUUAUGGCCCUGCUGUGCGAACGUGGACAAGUGUGUAUAAGUCCUAUUUAAUAAUGGCUGUCCAAUGAGUGUGUGCCUCUUGUACAUACAGGGCGGUGAUCACAAUUACUACUAGUGCUGUGUGUGCCUUACAUACAAUCCCCCACCCCGUAACCUUUGGCCUUCCUAUCCAUGAAAUAAACAAUGUGAUAGCU